GAAGAAGAAGCCGUGGUACCGGAAGCACUAUUACUUACUGUGGCUAACAUGCUAAUAUAGCUCGUUUUCUCUUUAUACAUCCAUGGUUAACGCAAUACUUGGAUAAGAUCCAACCGGUGUGAACCAGCAGAGCCUGUAUGUAUGGAUAAACGUGGAGUGUGUGCGAACAUUUCGGGAUGUUUCACCUUUCAUCUCCUGUUAGCCACGAAUGCUAACUGAAGUUAGCUUAGCUUGCUAGCUGGAAAUAGACGGAACUCGGCCACACAGCGCUGGUUGGAGGAACUCUGAGUCCAAACUGUGUUUUUCAUUUGUUUAAAAUGUCUAAAGUCCAGAUGCUGAGAGGUUUUAUCAACCAGCGACUAACUGCGGCUGCUGAAGAGAUAUUUGGGCUGUUUGAAAGAACGAUAUCAGAGUACGAGGAGGAACUCUGUCGUUCCAAAGAGGAGAACCAGAGACACAGGAAACUACUGGACGCUGUUUUCCAGCCUGAAGUCCGGUUACACAGAGCAGGUGUCCAGCAGCUGGUGGUGAGUAAAGAAGAGGUUCCCCCUGAGCAGCAGCAGUGGAGCCCCAGGCUGGACCAGGAGGACCCACCAGAGACGCCACACAUUAAAGAGGAACAGGAGGAACUCAGGACCAGUCAGGAGGGAGAGCAGCUUCCAGGACUGGAGGAGGCUGAUAUCAUCGCGUUCACAUUCACUCCUGUCCCUGUGAAGAGUGAAGAAGAUGAUGAAGAGAAACCUCAGUCCUCACAGCUUCAUCAAACUGAAGAGAACAGAGAUGCAGAGCAUUUGAAAACGGAAACUGAUGGAGAGGACUGUGGAGGACCAGAACCAGCCAGGAACUUUAAUCCAGAUAGUCCUUUACAACCAGAUACUCAUGGCCAGACUUCACUCUGCUCUGAACCUGAGACUGAUAACAGUUGUGAUUGGGGGGAGACCAGGGAACCUCAGCCAGGUUUAAACCCUCUGCAAAAUAAUGAAGCACCUGUAAGUGAUCAGGAAUGUAACACUGGAGAAACAUCAGUUAGCUCCUCUGAAUGUGCUGCAAGAUUUGGCCACAAGGAGCAUCUGCAGAACCACAAUGGAACCCAAACAGGAGUGAAACCAUUUAGUUGCUCAGUUUGUGGUAAGAAAUACCUCUGGAAGAACUCCUUAAAGAAUCAUAUGAGACUUCAUUUAGAGGGAAAACAUUUCAGCUGCUCAGUCUGCAAAACAAGUUUUAGCGCCAGAAGCAAUUUGUUCACACACAUGCGAAUCCAUACUGGGGAGAAACCAUUUAGUUGUUCAGUUUGUGCUAAACAAUUUUCACGAAAGGAACAUCUGAGACGACACUCGACUGUCCACAAAGGAGAGAAACCAUUUAGUUGUUCAAUUUGUGCUAAAAGAUUUGCGCAAAAGGAAAAUCUAACACGACACUUGACCGUUCACACAGGGGAGAAACCAUUUAGUUGUUCCGUUUGUGGGAAAAAAUUCACACAACAUGGAACUCUGAGACGACACAUGACUGUCCACACAGGAGAGAAACCAUUCAGUUGUUCAGUUUGUGGUAAAAAAUUCUCACUACAUGGAAUUCUGAGACGACACUUAACCAUCCACACAGGGGAGAAACCGUUUAGUUGUUCAGUUUGUGGUAAAAGAUUCGCACGAAAGCCAAAUCUGAGACAACACUCUGCCAUCCACGGAGGGGAGAAAACAUUUAGUUGUAGUUGAAUGAAUAUGAAAUAUUUUAUUCUUGUGUCAUGACUCAUCUCGUAAAUAUUCUGAUACAUUAACUUACAAUAUAAACAAUCCAGCAUGUUGACCCACCACUAUCUAACAGUACAAUACCUCCACAUCAUCCAAACAUAGACCUAAACAUAAACCUCCCACAAAUAACACUCCAGGGUCCCUGUUUCAUAAGGCAGGUUUAACAAACCCUGAGCUCCGAGUAGAUUAAACUUGAGAUGUGAAACUCUGAAAUAUGAAUGCAUGCCAACGUGGAACAUGAUAUUUAUCUUAAAAACAGGAGUGAAGGAAUGAAUCAUUGUUAACAAUAUUACAUUUUAUUCAGCGUAGCUCAUUCAGCAUAGACUCGAAUUUCCUUAAUGAACAGUAAAGUCCUGUCUUUUCUGUAUGUUAACAUUAGAUUUUUAAAAAUAUUUCUUAAGCUGUAACCUGAUGGGGACAAAGUGCCAGUGGCAAUAACUGAUAAUGAAAAUAUGGAACGGAUAAGACACCGUUUACUCAUUGACCUGUGAUUGUAAAGUCAUUGUCCCGACCUAGUAUUAAUGAUUUUGUUGAUUUGCAUAUGAAACUGCACAUUUUUAGACAUCUUUUUAAUUAAUUUAAUGAAAUACUCUUAAAACUCAUUUCUGCAAAUAAUAUUCAAAAUCUCAUUUUCAAACUAUAUUUAGUGUCAGCUGCACCACAAUCAUCAUGAUCAUCAUCUCCAACAUAAUAACUAUGCUAGGAAUGUUCCUUCAGUGCGACUGAUCACAACAUGACUGAUGAUUGUUCGUUGAUGAGCUUCAUACAGAUUAGUUUGUUUUACACAGUGAUUACUGCAGUGAUGUAGCCCACACUAAAUGUUUCAAUGCAACCUGACAGCUGCCUUAAUGUCCACAGAGUGUUAAAAAGGACAGUGUUGCCUAUAGUAGAUGAAUCCAGAGAUCUGUCUCUGUCCUUACAUCUGUGACAGAUUGAGUGAGUAAUGAACUAAUAUCUGAGUGGGAUUUCAAUGUUUCGAAAAACUUCGGCAAAUGAAUCGUUCCGGAUGUGCUUUGAUAUUAACUGUAUGAAUGAAAGCCCAAGAAGACGUCCGUAAAUGUUUUGUCCAUAACUGAGAGGAGAAAAGAAACCAGAAAAUAUUGACUUUUAAAGGAGACCUAUUAUGCUUUUCCACAUUUUAUGAAUUUCUACAAUGUUACAAUGUCAGAUGUUCAUCUUAAACAUGGACUAAGCUUCAAAUAAUGACCGCACAGCAACUUCACAGCAACGCUCAGUCUACCUGUUCUGCCCAGCGACAACAGCAGCCUGGUAACAUUCUUCAGGUCUUGGCCAAUCAGAAGACAGUGAGUUUGAGAGGGAGGGGGCCUUAAAGAGACAGGUGCAUCUACAGCAGAGAUCACUAAUAGGCGGACCGCGGUCCGGAUCCGGACCACCGACCAACA